AUGAAAGUAUUCAAAUGUCAAUUCGUCGAUCAUGAAGAUGAAUCAAUUAUGGGAUUUUGCAUCAAUAAGGAUUGUUAGAAGAGCACCUAGUUUUGUUUCAAAUGUUUGACCAAAGUACAUUAAGACCAUCCUAAUGAUUGUUUAAGAUUCGAUAAUUUAAGUACCGUAAUAAAGGAACAUAUUAAAACACAUACCAACUUGAUUACUUAAUAUCAUCAAAUUAAGAGUCAGUUAGUCUAAGUAUUUGAAAAAAAUUAAAAAAAAUUGGAAUAAUAUAUAUAAAUAUUAAAGCAAAUAGAUUCUGAAUUACAAAAUCAAUCAUACUAAUUUGUUAAAUAAUAAAUUCCCUUAUUAAAAUUAUUGUAUUCAAAGGAUUCCUAUGAAAAAUAAAGUAAAAUUAUUUUUAUUUUAUUUUAAGAUUCCUUCAUAAAAGAAUUGAAUAAAACUAUUAAGACAUUUGAAACAUUAACAAUUGAUGAUAUUAAAAUAUAAGAAAUAAGCGAUAAUUCAACUCAUUUAAAAUAAUAAGAUUCAAUCGAAACUUAGAAAAAAUAAAAAGCAUAAGAAUUAUAAUUGAAAGAUGAAUAAAAAAGAUAAAAAAUUGUAGGCAAAUAAUUACUAGAUUAUGAAUAAGAUGAUGAAGCAUGUAAAUUCUAACCUAAUUCUUCAAAAGAUGGUAUUAGUGCAGGAAAUUAUCUCCUAAAGGGUAAAUCAAUUCAUUUAUAAUAUUAAUCAAGGCAAUUCAUUACUAAAUUAAAAUAAUUAUGAGGAAGCCAUUUAGUGCUUUGAUGAUGCUAUAAAAAUCAAUCCUAACAAUUGUUUAGCAUUCAAUAACAAAGGUAUAUGAUUUGAUUAUUUUAUUUUAGGCAAUGCAUUAUAUUAAUUGAAUCGUUUUGAAGAAGCUAUUAAGUGCCACGAUUAAGCUUUAACUAUCAAUCCUAAUAAUUGUUUAGCAUUCAAUAACAAAGGUAACCGAUUUUUUUUAUACUUAAUUUAGGAGAUGCAUUAUAUAAAUUAAAUCGUUUUGAAGAAGCCAUUAAGUGCCAUGAUAGUGCUUUAAAUAUAAAUCCAUAAGAUUGUGAUGUGCUCAAUAAAAAAGGUAAUAUUUUUUCAUUUUUAAUUUAGGCAAUUCAUUAUAAAAUUUAUAUCGUUUUUAGGAAGCCAUUAAGUGCUAUGAUAAAAUCUUAACAAUCAAUCCUAAUAAUUUUUUAUCUUUCCAUAACAAAGGUAUUUGAAUUUUUUAUUUAUUUUAUUUUAGGCAAUGCAUUAUAUAAAUUGAAUCGUUUUGAGGAAGCGAUUAAGUGCUAUGAUAAUGCUUUAAAAAUCAAUCCCCAAGAUAAGGAGGCACAAACAAAAAGGCUUAGUGCUUUAGGUAUGCUAAAGAAACAAUAAUGA